AUUCUAUUUGCGCCACGCAUUAUCUUUGUUAUCAGUUUUGACCAUCCCCAUCUCUCUCUCUCUCUCUCUCUCUCUCUCUCUCUCUGAAAGGUCAGAGCUUUAAGCUCAAGGCCAAUACACCUCAAAAAGCCUCCGAUUCUCUUUCUCGAAGCCUCACGCUCUACGCAGACCCUGCAACUUCUACAGUUUCAUUCUCCACCAGCCCCAACUUUACAACAGGUGUGUAAAUUUGUAUUUAUCCAAACUUGAAGAGACUGAUAAGCAUAAUGGACAAGUUGAAUCUAGCUCAAUUGGGUGAGAGGUUAAAGAUAGGUGGAGCUCAAAUGGGUCGAAUGGUUAGUGGUAAAGUGAAGGAAAUUCUGCAAACCCCGACCCCUGAAUCGAAGAUGAUCGAUGAAGCCACAUUGGAGACCUUGGAGGAGCCAAAUUGGGGUAUGAAUUUGAGGAUAUGUGCAAUGAUCAAUAGUGAAGAGUUUAGUGGGUCCGAAGUCGUUAGGGCCAUAAAGAAGAAGAUUUCGGGCAAGAAUGUGGUGAGCCAGAGGUUGAGUCUUGACUUGUUGGAGACUUGUGCUAUGAAUUGCGAGAAGGUGUUCUCCGAGGUUGCGUCGGAGAAGGUGUUGGAUGAGAUGCUUAGAAUGAUUGAGAAUCCACAAACAGAUGCCGAAAAUAGACAAAGGGCUAUGCAAUUGAUUAGGGCUUGGGGAGAGUCUGAGGAGCUUGCAUAUCUACCUGUAUUUCGUCAAACUUACAUGAGCUUGAGAGAAAGAAGCACCAAUCCUUUAGCACCAGAAGGGACUUCACCCUCGAUGCAGUCUACCUUGGAAUCAUAUGUUCACGAGCCGCUGUCUCCCCCUGAAAGAUACCCUGUACCUGACACAGGAUUGCAUGGAGGAAAUCAUAAUGAUUUCGCCUUUAAUUAUCAAAGCCUAGCAGUUGAAGAAAAAAAGGAGUUUCUUGUUGUAGCUCGCAAUAGCCUUGAACUGCUGUCUAGUAUUUUAAAUACUGAAACUGAUCCAAAACCUUUGAAGGAAGAACUAACCCUGAACAUGCUGGACAAGUGCAAGGAGUCUCAGCCUGUUAUUAAGAGGAUUAUAGAAACCACUACUGAUGACGAAGGGAUGCUCUUUGAGGCUCUAUUUCUUCACGAAGAACUUCAACAAGUCAUUUCCAGGUAUGAAGACUUGGAAGGUUCUCAAAAGUCUGGAGUCCAACAGCUUGAAAACCCUGAAACCACCAACCAUGACGGGGUGAAAGCUGUUCAAAAUCCCGGAGAACUGCCCGGAAACUCUAACAGCACUGCUCGUGAGGAUUCAGAAGACACCCAAAAACCUGGUGGAAAACUGCCCGAAAAUUCCAUUGCUUCUGAAGGCAAUUCAUCUGCUCCUGUAGGAACCAAUACUGAAACCAAAAUAGUGGAUUCUCCAAAGGAAGACCCCAAGAUCAGCAGUGAAAAAGUCGGUGAAUGAAGGAAAAGUGGUGGUGUAUCCAAUCGAGCUCGAUACAUUUGGCAGUAUGCCUGCUUUGUCGAUGCCUGUGUUGUCAUGGCUGCGCUGCAUUCAUGCUGAUGACUUUUUAUUAGCAAACUAAUACUGUUGGUUAGGAGUGUUCUCCUUUUCCCUUCAUUAUGGUUGACGUAAUUAAUCGUUUCUGUAAACAUGCUAGUAUCUUUGUUAAGCAUAGAUUGCGGACUUUCGAUGGGGACAUAGUUGUUUUGGGAAGCUGUCUCCAAACUCGAUGCCCCUAAACCAGUCCAUUAUAUCUCUAUGUGCUCAUCCAUGCAAAGCCUUUUUCUUUUCCUAUUUUUCUUGUUUGAUGAACUGCUUAUUUGCCGCUCUUGUCAAUUCUCCUAGCACGUUCAAUGGCUUGAUGUCAA